CCAGGGAGGCCAACGGAGAAGGAACUCGUGUGGACCUGGUGAGCGACUCGGAGCACCGGACCGCGGAGACCACGGAGGCGCGCGGGGCAAGGAGCAGCGGAAGCGGUGCGGUCCGCGGGGCUGAGUCUUCUUGCACCUCGGGUCACGCCUCCUUGGCGAGAAGGCGGGUCACCUUUGAUUGCUUCCAGUUACUGCAGAACUUCCUGCCCUGGCGGUGCAGUGGGUCUUGCCUGGGUCGCACUAGCUCCCGGUGUGAGGCGUGAGACUUUGAGUUCACACGGUGCGGGGCCCCCGCCGCCAAGAGGGGUUGGGGAACGGAGUCUGCGAGCCUCCGCGCCCCCACUGAGCGGCCCCGUGUUGGGUCCUCCCCCCCCCCACCCCUGCAUCAGAACCCCCCGGCCUUGGCGCCUCCCUCCCCGGGACCCCUCGCCCGGAUAUGGCCGCGUGGAUGCGGGGCAAGGACUCCUCCCGCUGUCUGCUCCUCCUGGCCGCGGUGCUGAUGGUGGAGAGCUCACAGCUCGGCAGUUCGCGGGCCAAACUCAACUCCAUCAAGUCCUCUCUGGGCGGGGAGACGCCACUGCAGGCCUCCAAUCGAUCUGCGGGCACCUACCAAGGACUGGCUUUCGGCGGCAGUAAGAAGGGCAAAAACCUGGGGCAGGCCUACCCUUGCAGCAGUGAUAAGGAAUGUGAAGUUGGGAGAUACUGCCAUAGUCCCCACCAAGGAUCUUCAGCCUGCAUGGUGUGCCGAAGGAAAAAGAAGCGUUGCCAUAGAGAUGGCAUGUGUUGUCCUGGUAACCGCUGCAAUAAUGGUAUCUGCAUCCCAGUCACUGAGAGCAUCUUAACCCCUCAUAUCCCAGCUCUGGAUGGCACUCGGCACAGAGAUCGAAACCAUGGCCAUUACUCAAACCACGAUUUGGGGUGGCAGAAUCUAGGAAGACCACACACUAAGAUGUCACACAUAAAAGGGCACGAAGGAGACCCCUGCCUGCGAUCAUCAGACUGCAUGGAAGGUUUUUGCUGUGCUCGUCACUUCUGGACCAAAAUCUGCAAGCCAGUGCUCCAUCAGGGGGAAGUCUGUACCAAACAGCGCAAGAAGGGCUCUCACGGGCUGGAAAUUUUCCAGCGGUGUGACUGCGCAAAGGGCCUGUCUUGUAAAGUAUGGAAAGAUGCUACCUACUCCUCCAAAGCCAGACUCCACGUCUGUCAGAAAAUAUGAUCACUUCAGAGAACAUGCAUCAUGAGCAGACUGAAUCUGUGCAUUUAAGUGCAUCAUAGCACAGAGGAUUUGGAUCUCAGAAGAAUGGCUAAUGUAAGGCAUGUGAUAAGAAUAUGAAUCACAGACCGAGAGAAAGAAAAAGAGAACUAAGUCUAUUGGAAAGGGUGACAAAUGUAGUACAACUAGUGUGUUUCCAUUAUGCAGCUUGUUUAUGUAAAUAAUGUACACACUUGUGAAAAUGCAAUUACUGGAAAAAGAAAGUACAGUGAAAAUUACUGACCAUGUGACUUUUCAGGAGUUUAGGCGGUGCUGGAGGAUCGGUUUCCUCCAGAUAGGAGAUUGUCUAUAAAAUAACCUAAAAGCCAUAUUUCUACUCCAAGUUAUAGUUUAAUAAAACACUCCCAGUGUAUCUUUGUAUACAUAGAAUGUAAAACAUGAAAAACAUUGUUAAAUAGGAAAUGAACAGAGUUAAUUUGUAACACAGAUCACCUUUUAAUUUGGAACACUGCUUUUACUGUUCCAUCAAAGGCCUUGGUAGACACACACAAAAAAAAGCAGUUGAUAUUUUCCAAAUAAUUUCAAAAUAAUUGCAGGUCUUCCAUCAAGGCCUUUAUAAAAGGAAAAAAAAAACACCACACAACUUGUUUUUCCUCAAACUGCUUAUUUGUGUUUUCCAAUAUUUACUUUCACCUAUACUUAAUAAGAACCAGCAUAACAAGACAAAAGUAGUCCAUUCAGAUUCUCAAGGGAUAUUGUUUCAUCUUUCUAGAUUUUAUGUGAUUCCUACCAUGAAUACAUGUUAUUUUCCAACCUAACCCCAGUAGUCGUGUAAAGCACAGAGAAGAAUUUUCAAAGAUUACAAAUCUUUAUAAGAUAGCCAGACUAUAUGGGAAACCAGGCUAAUAGAGAGAUCAGUACUUUUUAAGGCGUUGGCAUUCCCCAUGUGUUGAUAGCAUUAGACUGGUAAGCACACUUAUUCCUUACAUACUCUGCAGUACGGCGGGGUACAGCUGAGAGUGCAGACUGGAGCUGUGUCUCUCCUGCACUGGAGCCAGUAAGGAAAUGGGGGAAACUGCCCAGUAUCCAGGUUUGGGCAAUGCAUAGACAUGCCUGAAGCACAACAUGACUUUUCAUCUUUGAAUCCAAGGCUGCACAACUUAAAUGGAGUUUUCUAUGGGAUCUGCGAUCUCAAAAUACUCACCAUACAGAUGAGAACAGUGUGAGUUCACAACUUGACCUCAAAGUAUAUAUUUUAUAUAUUUGAGGUCCUAAAAUAAUAUGAGGAGUUCUCACAAAAUAAACUCUCAAGACAGGGAGUACAUAGUAAGGUUCCAUUGCCCUCAAUAAGCUCCUAACUGGCUGGUAGCAACAUCUGACUUUUUUGCAUCAACCUUCCCCUACAACUUCUUUUCUCCCAAAGAUACAGUUUCUGUUUUCUGCAUCCAUUGAGAUAAAAAAAAAUAUAUAAAUGGAAUAACUUGUAGAAUCUACAUAUUGCUAACCUAUAAAAACCACAGGUUCUUCAUUCUUUGAAACCAUUUUUUUUUUUUACUUUACUCACUUCCAAACAUUAUGUCUAAAGCAUAAGGUAAAAAUGUAUAGUUGUUACUUUUGACCUUUUCUUUUAUAAACUUAAAGUCACUCCUUAAUUAUUUUUUUUCACUUAACCCUCUUUAGUCUCAAAUUCAAGUUCUCCCAGUAGAAAUUGAACAUGAGCCUCCAUGUCUAUUAAAAAUUUCAGCUUCUCACACAUGUUUACUAGAAUAAUUAAGAUUUACGUUUCCUCCAUAUGUCUGCGAAAACAAAAAUUUUCAACUAACCUAUUCAAUAACCAAAGUCUGUACAAACAGGAUUCUACAUGCUUGGCAACAUAAAAAUUGAGCAUUUCAGUCAAAUGUUUCCUAUGUAACAAUUACAUUUACAAUCUGGUUUCUGCAUUAUUUCCCUUCUGUACAUCCCUUCAAAAAUUAUUAUUUGAAGUAAUUUAUUUACAGGAAAUGUUAAUGAGAUGUAUGUUCUUAUAGAGAUUUUUCUUACAGAAAGCUUUGUAGCAGAAUAUAUUUGCAGCAAUUGACUUUGUAAUUUAGGGGGAAUGUAUAAAUAAGAUAAAAUAUAUUAAAUUUUUCUCCUUCAAAAAUUGAA